AUGACUUACUACCUUCUGCUUGAUGAAGCAAACAUCCCGUUUGACGACCAUAUCUUCUCCGGUCGUGUUCUUGUUCCCAACCUUCUCUUGUUUGUCCCGGGUGUGGUGUUCAUGAGACUUUACUUCAACAGGUGGAAGUACAAGAGCUUGAUGAUUUUUGAGGCCGUCAUGAAGGCGAUCAUGUGGCUUCUGGCCACCGCUCUUUUUACCUUGUACUAUUCAGAGUUCGGUCGCGCCAUCAAUGGCCUUCUGAUAACCGCUGCCCAUCUGGCUCUCUGGCUCAUGGUUUUGGUGGUCUCGUCGUAUCUGUUGCGCACACCACCAAACCAAGCUGACGUACGUCAAACGCAAUUUGGCAUGGGUCAAGAGCAAGAUGGAUUAGGUCAAAUCCCCCUCGGGCAGGGUGCUCACGAUAUCCCUUUGACAGAGUCUCUUAGACCCAUUCGAAUGGACCCAAUAGCGCUUGGAAGUCUUCAGCAGUUCAACCAUCCUCUGCUUUGGUCUCCCCAACAUGUCCAUACAAUCGACAACAGGUUGGCCGAGCUCAUUCCCGGCGAAAGCUAUACUCUAGAUCAGUUAGAGCGGAUGAAGUUUCCUGAGCCGGGACAAAGCUUGCUUGAUUUACGUAUUGAGUGGUUGAAUCGGCGUCAUAGAAGGAUGCAGAGGAUCCGGGAUGCACGGCUGGAGUCUACCAGUCGGGAUUUUAGCGAGUCGAAUGGUUGA